AUGAGUGAAAGCUAAGAAUCAUCAGAAUUUCAAUCAGGCUCAUCGAAACUUGAUAAUAAGUACAAUUUUCAUUAAUAAAAGAAGAAGUAACUAAUUAGGUUUGACUAAUGUUGAAAGUGGAGAUGAAUUAAUAAAAAAGAAAACAAAAUUAAAUGAUGAAAAUGGACAAAUUAAAAUUUCAAGAAAGGUAAGUGACGACCUAAUUAAAAUAUUUGAGAGAUUGCCAAACGAUUAAAUCACAAAAUUAUUGGAUGCUAUCAAAGUCAAAAAUUCACGUAUCUCACAAUUUAUAUAAAUAGCUGAUUUACCUGUUCGAGUUAAUCUUGUUGAUCUAAUGCAAAAAGACGAAGAUUUUGUUUUGGAUAGUUAAUCUGACUCUCAAAAAGAAAAAAAAAGAAAAAAAAGAGAAUCCAAAGAAAAAGAAUGCAGAUGUUGCAAGUAAAUAGUGAAGCGUCAUCAUUGUACACACACAGAAUGCGAGAAGCCUUGCUAAAUCUAAGAGAAAAUGAAAAAAAACAAAACCUGA